GGGGGUGAGAGUCUGUUUCGGUUUUGCGUAUUCCAGUAGCGCGAGCCAGGAAAGAACCACUUAUUUAGAGGCAUAGCCGGAUCAUUUCGUUCCAGCAAUGUGGCGCCUUAAAAACAGAGAGUUGGACGACUUAAAAUAAAGCUUUGGUUCCUGUUCAUCAAUAUUUUUCAACUCUCCGCUUAGGCUAACGUUAACAAAGUUUUGAUACAUUUCAUGCAGAAUAAUAUGAAACUCCGCUUGCACCAUAACUAUAAAACGAAUACAAUGGUAGCCAUUUGAUUGGAGAAAAAAUGCUGUGGAGAUGUGACAACCAUCCAGAGGACCAGAGCUGCAAAGGUCGCCAAGGGGCCUCUACUGGAUGUCUCGCUGCGGCAGCUCUGGGUUGGUCUGCAGAUCCUGGCUCAAAGGGAAUGCAUUCCACAGCCCAGGAGCAGCUACAGAGAAGGACCGCCUCUGAAUCACCACCAGACGUUGGUAACUGGAGAUGGACCUCCUCAGAUGACUUUAACAUGCAGUGGAGAUCAUGCAGAAGAAGGCACUCUCUAAGGUUCUGAGACUGCUGCUGAGCACUUCCUCCGUGAGCACCUGUCUUGCCACCCGGACGGCCAUCAGCGAAACGCUGCUGCUUCCUAUCUCCUUGCACCUUCCUCAUGGCUUCUUGCUGCCAUGUCCCUGAUGGCUACGUUGACACAAGUCAUAGACUGAAGCCCUGCAUAUUGGACACUCAGGACGUGCUCCUGAACGGUUUGUCCUUGCUGACCACACCAUGGCCUCCUUCCUGCUCAGGCCCCAGGGCUGAUUGUUCCCAGAAAGGCCAGAACGGAGAAAAAGAAUUAUGAUAACCCAGAAGUUGCAAUAAACAUGACAUCAAGCAUUGGUGUUAAUAAUGUGACCUUUUUCUGUGGUCAUGAGAUGCUAUUAAGCUGCCUGAGAAUCCAGGCAUCCUGGCUCCCAGCCCCUUUGAAGUCAGCCCCUCCCUCUCCAAAGAACCAAGGAGCCCUCACUCUCAGGCAGAACGGGAGACUAAUCAGAGGGUGAUUGACUGCACCAUUAACUGUUGUGCAGAGGGGAGCAAUUCUGUAAACGCAGCUUUUCUUAUCUCUGCACUGUGAUGUACCAGACUGGAUCGGCCGAAUGUAUCUCUAAUGCACAACAUAGGAAGCCGCCUUAUACGGAGUCAGACCCUUGGUCCAUCUAGCUCAGUAUUGUCUACCCAGACUGGCAGCAGCUUCUCCGAGGUUGCAGGCAGGAGUCUGUUAAAGGCAGGGGCAUCAUUAGGGGGUGAGCCAUGAGGCAUGGGCCCCAAAUAAACUGCUCAGAGUCCUGAAUCACAUCAGUCGCCUCCCUCCUCCAUGACAUCUCUUCAGAAAGGAGGCACCUGCACAGAGCAGGGGCGGGGAGCGCCUAGCCUCACCUAGUUCUCUGCUGCUUCCACCUCCAUAUGUAACGAUUCUGAGUAUGAUUGAGUUUAAUUAUCAAAAGGAUAAUUUUGAAAAUUAAAAUAAUUAAUGGGCCGGGGGAUGGAGUUGGGUAUUUUAAGUACUCUAUACCAGGGUUUCUUAACCUUGGGCCCCCAGAUAUUGUUGGACUACAACUCCCAGAAUCUCCAGACAUGGCCUUUGUCGCUGGGGAUUCUGGGAAUUGUAGUCCAACAACAUCUGGGGCCCCAAUGUUUAAAAAAACCCUGCUCUAUACCAUGGAUAAAGGUACAGAAGGCACGGAAGGCACUGUGUAUAGAAGGCAUUAAUAUGAAAAUGGAUAAUAUUUAUAUACAUUGUGUAUAGAAGGCAAUGAGCCCUUUUCUCCAUUGUAUCUGGUCAUCCUGCUCCUCACUCUUUUAAUCCUCUGACUCGACCCCACUCCUUUCCCACCGGGAAUCCAGUAGCCCCGCAUUUGCCUAUGGUAAUCCAGUGGUAGCCACGCAAACAUACUUCUUUGAGAACCCUGGAGUCCUGGCUUCCAGCCCAUCCAACUAGAUCCUCUCUGUUCUAAUUACUUUGCUGAGGCCGGCUUCAGUGAGAGUGGUUUGAUUCUCUGAUAUGUUGAUUUUAAUGAAAGGGACACACAGAAAAAUCUCCUUAUUGCCAGCUGGUUGUUAAUCCCAAGAGACACACGCCCCAAAGAUGAAGACUGAGAACUUGGGGGGCCAGAUUGCGGCGGUGGGGGGCAUCCAAAAGGAAACGGGUCCAGACAGCAUAACAAGUACAGUCGUAAAAUACAUAUAAACACAGAGACAAGCAUACAAGGAGAAAAAUAUGUCGCAGGCAGACAUGAAGAAAUAGUAUAUUUCCAUAUUUGUAUGUCUAGCUGCCAAUCUACUGUCCCUUAUAUUCAUGCCUUCCCCCUUCCCUCAUAGCACUAAAUAUUUUUGUUUUUGGGGGGAAAUUAUAGGGUGGGGGAACGGAGACCCCAGAAAAGAAAGCAGCAACACAUGCAAAACACUUGCAACUUAGAGUUUUUCCGUACCAGCAUUACUUUGGUACUAUUCCCGUGCCUGUCUGCAAAGAUUGUUUUGACCCCUAAACGCUGAAGAUGUAGGUUUCCAGGAAAUCUUUCACUUCUAAAUUAAUGAUCUAUAUGAGGCAUGGAUCAAUACGCCCAUUGACAUGCAUGCCUCCCACCAGGUAUCGAUCCAUGUCCCAUUAUCCCACCAGUUUAUCUAUCCAUACAUCUCACACCAUUUGCCUUUCUCUCUGCCCAUCCAUCUCUCGCUCUCUCUGCCUCCUCCUGACCCCAGCUGCUCCCUCAUCUCAGCAUCCAAUUUCUCAUCCUCUCUUGGGAGCUGGCCGAAUGCACAGAGGGAAGCCCAGAGCUUGCUCUGCGAUGCUCCCCCCUCCCCUUCCCGUCCCCUUUAUUAGAUGCUAAUCCUCAGCACUUGGCACUGGUACCCCCUUGGCACUAAUGAAGAGGUUUUUUAAUCAGCCGCCACCGCACUUUCCUGCCUGAUUCCUGUCCCCCAGGGACCGUGCUGCUCAGGAGGGUGCCGAAGCUCUUCUCUGCCUGUUCAUUUAUCACGCCGCUUAUGCCACCACUCCACUCAGCGCAACCGGCUUUGAGAGAACCUCCUGAGCCUCUCACUGUGCAGCAGCAAUUGGAGGAUACUUCCACUGUGCACACGUUUAACUCUUGGGGAGUGGCCCUUCCCUUGGCAGCAACCCUGCGGAAAGGUCUUUCUGCUUCUUUGAAACCUGUGGACUGGCACCUACUCAUCUGGUGGUGACAUUGGAAGUACUAGUUCUUUGCUGGGGAUAGAACUCCUCCAGCCCACCACCUAUCCAGCCAUUGUCCAAGUUUGGAUGUUUGGGGGAUUGGUGAUCUCCAUCCGUCAGAUCAACAGAAGGAUUCAAGACAACAACAUCUGUUUGAGAAGUCUUCUUUCUUUUUAAUUGGCUGAGCAACUCAUCACGGAAAGAAGGAGCUUUAAAAUUUCUUGGGUGAACAUCAUAUUCUGUUUGUCAAAUUUUGGACCAAGUUGAGCUAUCUGCCACUCAGCAAAAUCAUCAAAGCUACAUUGCCACCUUCUGUUGUUAAUGAAUGGCUUUUUGGUCUCCUUUUGGAAUUAGCUCUUCCUCAGUCAACAGAUCAAAAGGCCCUGUCCAAUCUAUACUAAUUGCUGUUUUUUUCUGAGGUUGACCACCACUCAAAUCACUCCGGCAAAGAACCAUACCUCCAGUAAGAAUUUUUUCUCUACUCUUUUUUACUUGUUAAAAAUAAGCUUUUGGCACUAUUAUGCUUUAGCUGUACAGUAUAUGAACUCUGGGUUUUCUCCUUCCUCUCUAGGCAGCUGUUUGACACAACAGAUCUCAAGCCACGAAAGAAAUUCUCCAUGGCAAACUGCAUCCUUCUGUCUUCUUGUCAUUGUGGUGUCAUGUUUUAAAUUCUGCAAACUUGCGGGAGAGAAUUGGAGGCGAUUUCUCACACAUACACACACACACCCCAAAGAGAAACAGUGAUGGAUUCAGGACAGAAGGGACGAGAUUGGAUUCCUUCGUGCCAGAGGGAAAGUGGAUUAGAAUAUAAUUCUUAAAGGAGGACAACAACCAGCUUUCCCUGAGCUGUCUGAUCCCAAAGGGACACAGCUGUGGGUGUAGGGGGCAAAGGCAUAACCCUGUUCAGGGCAGCUGAGCUGACACUGAAGACGUUUUCUAAUAGAACGGGAGGGCACUUUCAAGUCAAAAACCUUUUUCAGGAGUGGCAAAGUUGUUUGAAUGCACACUGAGGAAAUUUGAUCGAGGGAGGAGUGGUUUUUAGAUUCUGACCCAGAACUCUGUGUCUGCCACAAGCUUUGAGGGUGGUUAGAUGGCUGUAAAUUAAGGACCAGCAAUUGAAAGCCCCUUGGUGGAAAUUUGGCCUACAAAGGUACCAGCAACUGGCUCCUUUUGCCUAGAGGCAAAAGUAGGGUGUGAGGUGAGUGUGGCAGCAAGUUGCUUUGGAAAGGAAGGGCUGGAUGGAGCCUGGGCCCUCCACCCUUUCCUCCAUUCUCAAAUCAUUGCUCCACAAACAAACAAACCCAGUUGACCAGGGCUGUCUAUGUAGGAUUUUGGUCCUUUGAAGGGUCUCUGAACCCUUCCUCUUCGCACAAGCACAAGGACCGAACCGGCAAACCCCAAAUCACCUCAUGCUUGUGGCAACCCAGAAGAAUGCUACCCAUUUCUUAAGUGAAUGCCAUGUCCCUAAAGCAAAGUGUUCCACUCUUCGAAACAAUUUCAGCUUUUGUGUUUCUGACAAAUGCCCUUCAGAGCAAUUUGUGUUGCAUUCUGAUUACAACAGGUGCAUGUGUUGCGGGGCGGGAUAUGUCACCAUGUCAGGGGUGUUAGGGGGAGCUCUGCUCAUUCAGAAGAGGCUUUGUUAGCUGAGAAGAUGUGGCAAAGACUCAGAAAGAUUGGUUAAAUGGGGAUUUUUAAAGACUUUUAGUAUCUACUUUUAAAUACUAAAUACCCUUGUCGCUCUUUUCAGAUCUUAAAGAACUUAAGUGUGUAAUUAGAAAGAUUGUUUAAUCUGGAGAAAUGGCUUAUAAUUGCUUUUUAAACAAGCUGUUAUUAAUGGAACAGUGAAAGUGGAGGGGAUUAACAAUUAGAGUGUAUGGGUGUGUUUUAAAAGACCCCUGCAAACCUUCAGUUGUAACUGGAAGUGUUUAAGAGCUGGUUUUCUUUGUGUUAAUUAGCGAACGUUCAUUCUUUCCUCAGAGAACUCAAGUGUCUUGGUCCCCAACAUCCCCUUUCCUCUGGUCCUAAACUUAAUUUCUUUUGUAGAGAACUCUUGGUUCCCACCCUCCAGCACUCACAAGGAACUAGUCCCUAAUAAGACAGAACCCAGGCUGAACUGAAUUUCUGAUACAAUUGCAGUCUUGUGGGCAUUGCUUUAGAGAAACUGUGGACAUAUUUGAUGGAUGGACCAUAGGAGAAAAAUCAUGAUCAAAGGAGAGGCAGUGUUCUUGUUCGUAGAUGGAAGCUUGUUCAGAAUAGCUCUCUAUCUGCUAAAAAGCAGAAAUCUGAUCAUUAUCCAUUAGAACGCUAGGGUCCAAUUUGGCGUGGUUUCCAGUAGCAAAAGUGUCAAAUCCUUGCAUCUUGGAAAACGGAGACGAUGAUUAAACUGAGCCGAAGGGCCCGCUCAAUGCUCUCCUUGGGCCUCAACUCUCUCGCACUUUGCUUUUCGGUGUCAGCAUUCUGCACCAGCUACUGGUGCGAGGGGACCCACAAGGUGGUGAAGCCCCCUUGUCUCUCCGCUGUCAAGAAGGGGAACUGCGUGCCCAUCAACAGCAAUGAGACUAUGGGCGGGAAUGUGACCAUGGAUCCCCAUGUGGUCCAAUACAUCUGGGAGACGGGCGAAGACAAGUACGCUUUUCGAUAUUUCCACACAGGCUUCUGGCUCUCCUGUGAGGAGCAUCAUGGAGAGGAGAAGUGUCGGAGUUUCAUUGAGCUGCCUCCGGAGUCGGAAAAAGGAGUGCUGUGGCUCUCCGUUGCCUCAGAAUUCCUCUAUAUCAUCCUGUUGACUGUGGGAUUCUUGUUGAUGUGUUUGGAUGCCGUCUACUAUGCCAACUUCAUUGACGGACUCAAGAUCAACGCUUUUGCUGCCGUGAUCACCGUCCUCUCAGGGCUCCUGGGCAUGGUAGCACAUAUGAUGUACAUGACCGUCUUUCAGGUGGCCGUGAACCUGGGACCAAAAGACUGGAGGCCUCAGACAUGGUAUUAUGGGUGGUCAUUUGGCAUGGCCUGGCUUUCUUUCACACUCUGCAUGUCAGCCUCAGUGCUGACCCUCAACACCUACACCAAGACCAUCCUGGAGUUCAAGUACCGUCGGAGAAUUUUUGAGAAGCACACAGAGUCAGCGGUGAGCGGUGGAGGCCCUGGUUCCCCUGCUCUGGCGCCUGACCUGGAACGUUUCCUGUGGGAUAAAUACAUCUUCAGUGUUAGUGACUCUCUAGAUUUCUCCCCUGGCCCACUGGGCCCCAGAGCCCCUGGCAGUGGACGCAAGGCCUAUGCAGGGGGUUACGCUGGGCUUGCAGGGGGGCAUAGUGGGGUUUUUGGUGAUGAGGAUGACGGAGAACCAUGCUAGAGAAAGGAUGCUUGGUGGGGAAGGAGACCAACCUCCCUCCCUCCCUGCAUCCCUCUCCUGUCCUUUCCCUUUGCUCCUCCAUCCACCCCACCCCACCAUCUGCCCCCACAAAUACACUCCGCUUCUCGUCUGUUCAGGCAGUAUAAAGCCAUUUCAUAACCCACAGAUAACAUGUUUCUUUGACCACACUUUGAUAACUCAGCAGAUCUGGGGCUGGAUAAAAGGGUGAGUUUGGAUCUAUGGAUCUGGGCCACCGUCCCCAAACAACAUCAUGUGUGUGUGUCUGUGUGUCUCUGUGUGUGUGUGUGUGUGUGAGUGAGAGAGAGAGAGAGAGAGAGAGAGAGAGAGAGAGUUUGCUAAGGAAGCAGCAAGCAGGCCAUGUGCCCCUACAUCUCAGAGUUACAUGUGUUAAAAUUCAGCUUUCUGUCUGUUGUGGAAGUAUCCUAGCAAUAUUUCCCUUUCCACUGUCCUGUGAGUGAGCCCCAGUGUCUUUUUGCAAGUCGUGCAUACAAUAUAUGGUUGUUUGAGUAGUAUCAUCGCUAUAACCUUCCCCUGUUUUUCCAUAGCAGUGACAUUGUCCAUUGCAGCCACAGCAACACUAAAGGGCUCUAGUGUGGCUGCAAUCGAAGCAUCCAACCCUAUCUGUUUCCUUUCCUUUUCAGGGCUUGGGGAGUUACUUCUGCCCCCUUAGCUCUGGCCCCAUCAGCAGUGCCUCCCACUCACAGUUUGCACUCCUCCCUUCUUCAAAUCCCCUCUGCAGCUGUCUGAUUUAUCUGUUCUGCUUUGCUUUGUAUAAUUUCCCCAUCUGUGGGGAACCAGGAGAUCAAGAGUUGUUAAUUUCUGGUUGAUUAAAGAAAUUAAAGAAUUAA